AUAGCAUGUGGUGAGUGGUGUCGCCUGUGUUGAGGUGCGAGUGAACGGCUGUGUUGUGAAUGUUUUGAUGAAUAGACAACACAUGACAUAAUAAACAUCAUUGCGAUUGCAUUGGACUUAUGGCCGCAAACACUCACUGCUUAAGACUCGACUCGACUUUGCUUUCAAAAGACUAAUGUGUGGACCCUUUGCUCACUCGUGAGUGACUCGCCUCAAGUAACCCAUGAUUAUAGCCACCAACUUGUCGGCCAUUGUCUGCUCGUGAGUGGUGUGGCUGUGGACGAGUGAUAAAAAGGUCAUUCAGUAGUGGUAAUGGAAAAAAUGGCGACCAAUAGUCCUCGUGGGGACAGAAGUCCGGUCCUCAAAGUGGGCCAACUCUGGCACACCAUCGAUGACAGCGAGACACUCAACGGCGAAGACACCGAAGAGGAAGACGACGUAAACAAUGAUAAUAAAGAAACGAUGAAAUUGAGACGAGAAGAUAUGUCUUUGUUUGGCUUAUGUCCGGCUUGGGAUCAGUUUUAUUUAGUGGUUUGCGAGUACUGUAAACAAGUGAUUAAACCGCAGGCUCUUCAGCGCCACAUUGAAUUACGGCAUUCAUAUCACGCGAAUAAUAACCACAUUUUCAAUCAAUUAAACAAAUCAUUAAAACUGCGAACCGAUAGUACAAACACGACCACAACAGCGACCACUCAGCCAUCGGUGACCACAUCAUCGCCGGACACCACCAGUGAUAGUAAGGAAGAGACGGAUGGCUUAGUGAACGGCAACACAAACACCGAUCACAUGAGUGCCGAAGACUUGGUGAACGAUUGUAUUAAUAUAAUAAUAGUGUUAUACAAUAAUUGUGUGAAUAGUAACGAAUUGAACGAUUAUCCCAUUAAAGCAAACUCUAAAUUAAUUAACUUAUUGUCGCCAAACGUGAGUACAACACACGAGCCCCUACUGCCAGAGACCCUACAGCCGCCCGGACCCGGACCCGGACCCGGGUAUGCAGUGGGACUCGUGAGUGCCGACAGACAUUCAGUGACUAUUAGUGUUCCGGAAAUUAGUUUAAAUAAUAAUCACAUUAUUGACAACAAAUUAGAUGUUAUGGUUGACUGUGACUCCGUUGUGACGCCCGUUGUCGUCGUGAAGCCGCCGCCGAAGAAGAAGUCGUACAAGAAGUCGGCGAACCCGAGGAAACUGCUUCCCUGUAAGGACCGGCUCUACGACCCCAACAAACACUGCGGUGUCUGUACGCAGGAGAUGGAGAAGCCGUGCACUCGGAGUCUGACCUGUAAGACGCAUUCGCUGACACUGAGGCGCGCAGUCCAGGGCCGGCUCAAGAACUUCGACGAACUCCUGUGCGAGCACCGGGAGGCCAAGGAGGCGGCGCUCAGGGCUCAAGGCAUCGAAAUAAAGCCCACGAAGAAAGCGAUUCAGAAACAACAGCAACAGUUGAAGGCUUCACAACAACUACAGCUCAAGGAAGAAGCCAAUCAUCUGAUGAGUGAUACGAACCAUUUGUCGGCCAUUUCGCGGCCGUUAGUGUUCAGUGAUUCGCAAGCAAUCGACUCCACGCUCACCACAAAUAUCAACUCCAAUAUCAACAGUUUGUUGACAUUUGUCUCAUCGCCGUUGAGCUCAUCGUUUGAGAAUCUAAUGUCUCGUAAAUCGCGUCAACCCUCACAACAAACUCAUCGCAAACUCACUCACAAUCAGACGGAAGUGGACGCCGACGGCUCGGUCUACAUGUGUUGCCACCCGAGACCGGCGGCCGUCUGUAACUACAGUAUGCGGACACUCGACGGCUCGCGGCUCCUGUCGCGCGGCCACGACCUGACCCUAUCGGCGUUGAGGGCGACCUUCAAUAGCCCUCUGUUUGUGUCAAAGUUAGCGAACAAUCAAAAGUGUGCGUCAAAUGUGUCCCAACUGUCUGUGAAGAGUCCAUCGCGUCAUCCAAACCAAUCUCUUGGUGUCACCAAAAAGCUCAGGACUUCUAUCGACGCCUCGUGUGAGUCGACGACCACCACAACGACCGACGAGUCGCCGGCGCUCGACCCCUACAGCUUCGCCGACGCCAUGACCACCACAAUCACCAAUAGUUCCCACAAUUAUACUUACGUUAAGCCAAAGACUAACAUAACGACUAAACACGUGACGAAUUCAUCGGCGACUAAGAAGCGCAAGAAAAGUGAUUUAAACAACAGUUGUACACAAAACUCAAGUCUUUUAAGUAAUGGACAACUCUUUCAUCCGUCGAUUACGAGCGCAAGUAAUCCCAAGAAGAAGAGUGCCGUCAAAAAGAACUCUCAAAACACUAGUAUUUCUGCGUUGAAUCCAAUAGUGAGCCAGGCAUUGGACCGCUUGUACUCAAUAGACCUCUCCUUUGCUGUUGUUUUCGUUGUUCAGUCAUCUGAAGUAAAACACGAGAAUUAG